AUGGAGACCGAGGAUAUUCCCGAGUACGACGUGCGGAGCGAGCGCGCGGGCCGCCGAGGGAAGACGCUGUUCCUCGAGACCUGGGUGUCCCUCGAGGACACGCCCGUGCUCUCGACCGUGCUGCCGGCCGUCCAGGACGUCUGCGAGACGGUCGCGCUCAAGGCCACGGGCAAGACGCUCGGCCAGCUCGACAACAGCCACAUCUCGCCGCUCCUCGCGCACAUCGACGUCGAGUACCUCGACGGCGCGGCGAGGAAAACGGUAGACCUCUGGAGCGUCGUCAUCCAGAAGCUCGCCGCGGACAUGCUCAUGAAGCACGUCCACGACUUCAAGGCGGAGAUGUUUUCGAAGGAGGACUAG